UCUUUUCAAAUCUAGUAACAGUAACAUAAAAUUUAAUAAUUACAAAAAUCCUCAUAAUGGCUGAGAUAAAACGUGUACCUUUACAAAGUGUUGAUCAUGGUAGUCAAACAUCAAAGAAGUCUGAGAAGAUUAAACAAAUAGCACCGUCCUUUCGUUUUGUGCUCAAUCUUCCCGAAUCCAAUGAAGAAAAAUGUCCGGAAUUUAAUUAUGCACAACUUUUAAAAUCUGCUGAAAAGAAACGACGGAAAGAUAAAAAAAAGGAUGAAAAUAGUGUUACCAAUGGCCUAACUCCGUUUGAGGAUACAGAGGAUGAUGAGAAAAUACUAGAUGUGGCUAGAUAUUUUGAAUCAAAGUAUGGAAAUCGCAAAAAAAGUGAUUACGUUGAUCUAGGAGCAGGAUAUGAUGAAAGUGAUUCUUUUAUAGACAAUACUGAUGCUUAUGAUGAAAUUGUACCUGAAGAAGUAACCACUGUUCAUGGAGGUUUUUAUGUAAAUAGUGGACCUCUUGAAUUUAAAGACUCUGAUAAUGCAUCGAUUGUGAAUCGUAAUAAUAUUAACAAUGAUAAUGAAAAUGGCAACGAUGAUGAUGAAGAAAGUAGUGAUGAAGACAGUGAUGAUCAGACAAUGAAAAGAAUAAAUAAAAGAUCUCUCAGUUCUUCUGAUAAUGAAGAAAUUGAAGAUUUAAAUCCUCCAAAAUCAAAAGCAAGAUUAGAUGAUGCCGAGUAUACUAUUGUGGACUGAUUAAUAAUAAUCUUUAUUAUAUUAAUAUUUAAUAUGAACAUAAGAUAAAAAAAAUAUUUACAUUUUUAUAGAUACUAGUCGGAGAGGUGAAGUUACUCCAAAAAAUUUUUAUCUU